AUGGCUCAAGAAGGGGCGCCAGAUGUUUCCCACUCAAUUGCGCAGGUGGACAUGAUCAAUGCUACCAGUAAGCUGCAAAUUGAGGCGGCUGAAGUCAGAAGCGCAUCCAACAAACCCAACUGGAGCAGUUAUUUGAGAAGCCAGCUGAUUCCCCAAGAUGAUUACAACUUUAUUACUGCUUACGAAAACUGCAAGACCAAACAAGAGCGAGAUGACCUUUUGGCCAGGGACCCAAAUACGUCGGCGAAGUGCUUUAUUACUUUGAUCACGGACGUGGCCAAAGAUCAGCUGAUUAGAUACGUCUUGACUAUGCUUGACGACCUACUCCAAGAAGAUCGUACCAGAGUCGAUAUCUUCCAUUCUUAUGCCAAGAAGCAGAAGAGAACAAUCUGGUCCUGGUUCCAGAGUCUUCUAACUCGCCAAGACAGCUUCAUCGCUAACCAGGUAAAUUAAUGAUUGUUAUUACGUUUUCAUAAGACUGCCUUUCGCGUACAUUUUGGAAUUUGUUACUUAAAAACACUAAUUCAUGAACUUUAAGACGGCCAGUGUAUUUGCCAAGUUCGCAUGCUUUGGUGAAGAACGAAUGGAAGGCAAAGAGUUGUCAUAUUACUUUAGCAUCUUGAAGGAAGGAGUUCGUAAUCAAGUAAGUUAAAUACACAUAGGUUAAUUCUUUCUUUAGAGUAACGAAUACAUCAACACCAGUGUUCGAUGCCUCCAGAUGUUGUUAAGAAUCGAUGAAUACAGAGAGGAGUUUGUGAAGACUGAUGGUGUAUCGUACAUAAUGUCAGCUUUAAGUGGAAAGACGAACUUCCAGCUACAGUAUCAACUAGUUUUCUGUGUCUGGUGCUUGACAUUCAACCCAGAAAUUGCCAACCAUAUUCAAAGCAGCGGUAUCAUCCAAGUUUUAGGAGAUAUACUGUCAGAAUGCUCUAAAGAGAAAGUAAUCAGAAUCAUUCUGGCUACAUUCAGGAACCUUCUGGAGAAGAUCGACGACCGUGAAUUAGUUAGAGAGUCCGCUUUACAAAUGGUACAAUGUAAAACACUGAAGACUUUGGAACUGAUGGAUGCUAAAAAGUUCGACGACCCAGACCUUCAAGAAGACAUUGAAUUCUUGAUGGAACGUCUUCACAUGAGCGUGCAAGACUUGAGUUCUUUCGAUGAAUAUUGCACCGAGUUGAGGUCAGGAAGACUUCAGUGGAGUCCAGUUCACAAAUCAGAGAAAUUUUGGAGAGAAAACGCCCAGAGAUUCAACGAAAAGAAUUUUGAAUUGAUCAAGUAAGUUAUAUUACAAUUUUAAACAUUCCACAAUUUUUAAAUGUAUUAAUGCCACUAUUAUUUUUAGGCAACUAAUCAGUAUUCUGGAAAAGAGUAAAGACGCCCUAGUUCUCUGUGUUGCAGCUCAUGACGUUGGAGAAUACGUUAGGCACUACCCCCGAGGAAAAAAGUAAGUUAAAGUAAUUUAAAAACAUAAAUUAUUGAAUUUUUAUGCAAUCUCUACCUUCCGAAACUUCUAAACUGAUACUCGUUUUAGUGUGAUCGAACAAAACCACGGAAAGCAAGCUGUAAUGAAGUUGUUGAGCGCCGAAGACCCAAAUGUAAGAUACCACGCACUGUUGGCCGUGCAAAAGCUAAUGGUACAUAACUGGGAAUAUCUUGGCAAACAACUCGACGUUGAAAAAGAGAAACCUGCUGUAUCGGCCAACUAA